CACACAAUCCACCUCCAACUCCGCCGUCGACUAUCACGCCGUCGCGACCUCGCCGCCGCCGCUGCCGCCGCUGCCUCCACUCGGCAAGUCCACCCCCCCUCGACAUCGACUGGCCGUAAACAAAAACAAACAUACCCCGGCCCCAUCACUAGAGUCUCCUCUAUCGAGGUUUGACCUCCCUUCUCACAUCACCGCCCCGGCCCCACCCACCCCAGGGCCAAUCGCCGGGGCACCCCACCAUUUAAUACCCCCUCUCCUCUCUUUCGGCCCACACCCACUGCCAUGCCACCCAUCAAGCUCAAGCUAUCCCUCGGCGGCCUGACCCCCUCGGCACCGGCGACCCCUGCGACCCCAAUCAUCAAGAUUAAGGGCAAGAACAAGGUGGCAAACGGACAUGGCGAGCCAUCCACUCCAGGCGUGCUCGACUCGCCUUCCCCCGCCCCCAUUGCGACUCCAAAGAUAAAACUCAAGAACAAGCCAAAGAAGUCAUCGGGCUUGUCGUCGAGACAUGUCUCUGUGGGCGCAGGAGACGAGGAGGAUGGGCUGGCCAACGGGUCAAAACCUGGCCCGUCGACGAUUCGCUUGACACUGCCCAGGCCGCCCUCAGCAGCGCCUUCCCCAUCCCCCAUCGCGACCUCGCCCGCCGCGACACCAGCCGCCACACCACUAACGAUGACACCUGCCACACCAGCGCCCACAACACCAGUGCCCGAGCGGAUACCAAAGAAACGUGGACGUCCACCAAAGAUCCGCCCCACCGCCAUCCCUCCGCAUGUUGUAACACCACAGGCAGUCCGUUCACCGACGGCUUCGGCGGGGGCUUCGGCCGCGAGUACGCCGCCGUCGACUGCGGAGUUCUUUAACAUCAAGGCUGAGCCAGUCGACUAUGAUGAGGCGGACCCCCUGUCGCUGCCUAUCUCGCCCGCUGCUGGAGCAAUCACGCCCCUCGACGAGAGCAGCAUGUCAACACCUGGGGCUUGGGAAGGCAACUCUGAGUUCACGACGUACAACCCACGGGUGGUCAAGUGGAAGCGCGUCAAGCGGCCAUUCAAAGAGCUCGCCAACAAGGCGCUCCACGAGAUGCGGCGCAAGGACGUGUACGGCUUCUUCCUCGAGCCGGUCAACCUAGAAGACUACCCCGACUAUCUUGAGGUAGUCGGCGGGGCAGACAAAAUGAUGGACCUGCAGACGAUGCAGACCAAAGUAGACGAGAACGAAUAUCGCUCGAUGGACGAGCUCGAGGCCGACUUCAAGACCAUGAUCGACGCGGCCCUAAAGUUUAAUCUGCCUGGGACAGCACCAUACCGCGAGGCCAACAAGGUGCAGGUGCACGGCCAAAAGCACAUCGACCGCGCGAAGCCGCUUGUUCUCACCCCGUCACCGUCGCCGGAACGAGAGCCAGAGCCGCAACGACAGUCUGUCAUCCCCGACUCUGAAGUCGGCACACCAGCCCCAAUCUACCUAGGCAAGCCACAGAAGGAUGUGCCUCCGAAGAACAUUAUUCCCGACGCCAUGCUGGCGUUCCCACCAAAUUCGCUUCAGGCUCAGGCAAUUGGAUGGAACUUGACUGGUGGCCGUAUCGUUCGGCCCAAGCGAAUGGUCCGCGGGCGUGAAAAGUUCUUUGGCAAAUGGCGAGAGUACAGCAACGAUGGUAGCCGUGACCUCGCCGAGAUGGACGACCCCCAGGAGCACCUCGACAUCUUUCGCCAGCUUCGAGGCGACGAAUGGCGGACAGUCACGGACUGGCCUACCAUGCUGGAUGGAAACCAGGGCAAAGCUUGGUGGGACUGGGAGGGCCCAGGUGGCGCCACCGGCCAGCCGCCACUUCCCAACACUGAGCGUCUAAAGCCGGAGCCACUGAAGACACGCGAGCUUGGAACAUUCGACUUUGGCGUGUAUCCUGACAUUGAGCGUGAGCUCAGCAGUCUGCAAACUGCCAAGGAUUCGCAGCCCUACGACCCAGAGGACGACGAGCUCGACGUCUUGGUGGACCAACUUCGGUCAGACGCUCCUCCACCAGUCAAGGUGCCGCCAAACUGGCCUGCGCAGUCAUUUGUGAAUGCCUACGACCGGCCCUCGGCAACGCACUGGCUGUACAAUAUGUCGCUAGGCGGUGUCCGAGGGGAAGCCUACAACAACAGUGUUCAAAAGUUCCUGGACGGUGCGAUCGGAAGUGCAAGGGCGAACGGUGCGAAGGCGACCGACGAGACUGCGUCCAUCCUGCAAGAAUAUGUGGCGAACAAGUGGCGCGGCGGUGUGCUCCAGUCGGACACCUCGCGUCUAGCCAACGAUACAGUAGGAGCACUUGUCAAUGCAGCGGCCAAGACGGAGGCCGGUGCUGGCAACGACGAGCCUCCUUCCCGACCCGAGCUUGCCCCCGAGGCAGUCCUCAAGAAUGCUCACGACGCAUACGCUCGUAUCGCAUUGCGUUCCCUCACAUCGGCAGCGAACCCCCUCGACAUCCAGCCCCUCCUCCGCGAGCCCUCCGACUUCUUAUACUUAGGCGUCGGCGGCAAGUCUGGUGUCAAUGACGCGGUCGCAUGGGUCGGAAGCGAGAUCAACCGUGUUAGCGGUGUUCGAACCGAAGCAAAAAUGGCGACUGGAGCCGUCAAGGGUGAUGAGGGCGACGUGGAGAUGGUCGAGGCGGGGACGUCGACACCAGCACCCGCUGAGCCCGCAGCGCCUUUCGCCAACGGCGAUGUGGCACACGCCGGUCUCAAGCGGCGCAACAGCGACUCAGAGCCCAAUGACAAUGACGCUAAGCGGCGCAAGUUGGAGGAGGGCGUGGCGUUGGAAACUGCGUCCAAAACGGCUGAGCCGGCUGUUGAAGCCGCCGCUGAGCCUGCAGCCGAUGUCGCACCAACCCCGUCAGUUACCUUGCCCACCACUUCAAACGCGACUACACCUGCGCCGAUGACUCCAGCAUCAGCGCCCGCUGCAGCGCCCCAACCAGCCUCGACCGAGACCGCAACCGUCACCGCCCCCGCGCCCCCACCAGACGAGACUGAAAAUGGCCUCCGACAACUCCGGCUCGAGCUCGUCGCCUUAUCCAAGUUCUAUCCUCUGGCAUCCCUCAAAAAGAUGAGCAAGGAGGACGCUGAACGCCUCCUGCCUCCCAACGUACGCAACCUCAUGACACGGCCGGAAAAAUAGGCCACUGUGCAUAAUUUCCCACAUCGCAUACUAGUCUUCAUGUACAUGCA